UGACAUGAAAACGUAAACUUCCCCGUUCUCUGCCAAACGCGCAGUUUCGUCUCGAACCUUUUGAUUCCUCUCUCUAGUUCCAAUCAUUUGUAUUUUUGCUGCAAAUCUUUUUUUUUUUGCAGAUCCAAUCAUGAGAACCGAAUACGAUUAUCUGUUCAAGCUUCUGCUCAUCGGCGAUUCCUCCGUCGGGAAAUCCUGUUUGCUUCUCAGAUUCGCUGAUGAUUCUUACCUGGAGAGUUACAUCAGUACGAUCGGUGUUGAUUUUAAAAUCAGAACUGUGGAGCUGGAAGGAAAGAUAAUCAAGCUGCAAAUUUGGGAUACAGCUGGACAGGAGCGUUUUCGGACUAUUACAAGCAGUUAUUACCGAGGAGCUCAUGGGAUAAUAAUUGUUUAUGACGUUACUGAUGGGGAGAGCUUCAAAAAUGUCAAACAGUGGUUACGCGAGAUUGACAGAUAUGCCAAUGACAAUGUAUGCAAACUUCUGGUUGGGAACAAAUGUGAUUUAAUUCAAAACAAGGUUGUUGGCACACAAACAGCCAAGGCAUUUGCUGAUGAAAUUGGGAUUCCCUUCCUGGAGACAAGCGCUAAAGAUGCAAUCAAUGUGGAACAGGCUUUCUUAACCAUGGCUGGAGCAAUCAAGCAAAAAAUGGGUAACCAGCCAACUGCUAGCAAGGCAACAACCGGAACGGUUCAAAUGAAGGGACGGCCUAUCGAAGAGAAGGGCAACUGCUGUGGUUAGUCAAACCAUAUUUGUGAUUGACUAAUAUUUGUGUCCUUUAUAUGUUUAGAGAAAAUUGUUAUAACCUCUCUCUAUGUAAAACCAUAUAAUAUUAUUAAUUGAUUUUUAAAUAAUAAU